CUGGCAGCUCCAACCACGGAGCUCAGGAGAGAGAAGUCCAUCCAAGGCAGAGUUUCUUACAGAAAAGGACAGCACUGGAAAACCUCUUCGUCGGUUGCCUGAGCAAGCACAAACGGAGUAGGGGGACAUCUACCCGGAGUUAAACGAAAAAAAAGAACUAGAGAGCCAAGGAAAUCACCCCUGCACUCUUCCACAGCAGCUCAGACUGAAUCAACAGCGCCUCACGCCUUUGCCAGAAACUCACCUUCUUAGAAGGGGGAAAAAAAAAGUGUGAAUGAGAAGUUACUGGAGGAGACGCAACUGGAGGAGGGGCCCUCAUACCAGGAACGGGCUGGAUGGUCUGGCUCGGUGCCCUGGGUUUUCUCUGUUGUCUCUGUCUCUGUCCUAUUGCGUGUCUCUGUCUCUGUCUUUCCCCUCCCUCCCUCGCUUCCUCCCUCCCUUUUCUCUCGCAGUCUCUGACUAAACGUUACAAGAAGACGUUCAGUUCAAUUCCAGGAAUAGGGAGGCGGGGCUCUUUGGCCCAACCGGUAUAAUAGCCCAGGCUCUGCCUCCCCCAGUGGCAUUUACUCUGGACCUUUCCGCCUUUCUCAUUACAGCCCGCUGCCCUGCGUGCCCGUGCCGCCCUGACUCCCAGAUACACGCAGCCAGCCAAAGAGGCUGGCCAAGCCCUGGGGAGACUGACGCUCACAACCCAAACCACCCAGCCAGCUGUGUCUCCCCCACUUAUUCCCGGACCCAGGAGACUAAACUUGAGAGAGAAAGGGAGGGGAGACAGGGAGCUGAAGCCAAAAAGAUACGCGUGGAACCCUGGUGUGGACUUUACCGUUCCCUACAUUUGGCCACAACGAGGGCCACAUCUGGCGGGCUUGCGAAGGACCUCGCAAGGUUGGAGACAGUAUUGGAGAUACACACGGCCUAAAAUCCGAAGACUCUGUUCAAACUGGACGAGGCUCCGGGGAUGUGGUAGCAGCCGGUACACCUGGGGACAGCAGCCAAAGGAUCGGGAGGAGCAGCAGCAGCAGCCUCUACUGCUGUCGCCGCGGCCGCCACCGAGCAGAUCCAAGCUGGCUCCUUGCGCCAUGGUAACCCACAGCAAGUUCCCCGCCACAGGGAUGAACCGCCCCCUGGACACCAGCCUGCGCCUCAAGACCUUCAGCUCCAAAAGCGAAUAUCAGCUGGUGGUGAACGCUGUGCGCAAAUUGCAGGAGAGCGGCUUUUACUGGAGUGCGGUGACGGGUGGAGAAGCUAACCUUCUGCUGAGCGCUGAACCCGCGGGCACCUUCCUCAUCCGAGACAGCUCGGAUCAGCGCCACUUCUUCACUCUAAGCGUUAAAACCCAGUCAGGGACAAAGAACCUCCGGAUCCAGUGUGAGGGAGGCAGUUUCUCCCUGCAAAGCGAUCCCCGGAGCACCCAGCCGGUGCCCCGCUUUGACUGUGUACUCAAACUGGUACAUCACUACAUGCCCCCCAGCUCUUCUUCCUCCUCUUCUUCCUCCUCCUCCUCUGUGGCCUCCCCCUCUUCCUCCUUGCAGGAUCAGACGCUUCCUCAACCCCUCACUGGGGCACCUCCUAAACGAACCUAUUACAUUUAUUCUGGGGGAGAGAAGAUUCCCUUGGUGCUCAGUCGACCUCUUUCCUCCAACGUGGCCAGCCUGCAGCACCUCUGUCGGAAGACUGUCAAUGGACACCUGGACUCCUAUGAAAAAGUUACCCAACUCCCUGGGCCCAUCAGAGAAUUCCUAGACCAGUACGAUGCCCCUCUUUAAAAGGAGAUGGAUAGUGAAUGUUCUGCUUUCACCCCACCAAAAUAUGCAGGGAAGGGGGUUGGCCCCUCCAUCACCUGUGGCACAUAGCAUAAGCACAAAGGAUACAACCAAAUUGGAGAGUUCUUUUUUCUCCUACCCAGAGCAGAGCCAGGGAGUCCAGAGGCCUGCCCUCUAACUCCCCACCUCCCACCCUUUUCCCUCUCCAGUAUGGGUGCAGGCUGGUCUUAAGUGUUUGAGGAGAAAGUGGCCAAAAGUCAUCUCCCUUCCCUCUCUCCAACUUCUGGAGGAGUCACCAGACCUUGUAGGACAAUUCAGAAAAAAAAGAAGAUUUUGAUUUUUCUUCCUUUCCUUUCCUUCCCCUCCCUGACUGGGGGACUGAAGGAAUUUUGAACUGAUGUUAGCUACUGGUGAAUGUCCCAACUUUCCUAGGAACUUGUUUGCUGUUUGAUUUGGUUUAAAAUGGCUUGAAACCUGAGCUGGUGUCAGGGGCUGGAAGAGGAGGAAAAAGAGGGCCCCCUGGAAUGGGCCUUCGGCUAGCCAAGGAAGUGAUCUGAUUCUUAAUGCAAAUAGUUUCCCAGUCUUGGUUCCCAGCCUCAGGAGAAGAGGGUGUGCUGAUAUUACCCUCCUGAGGAGGUAAGGAAAGGGGCCUAGGAUCAGCCAGAAGAAGCUGACUCUCAUUCUUAGUAUCUUCUCACUUCUGGCACCUUUCCCUCUCCCUCUCCCUCCUCCCAACCCCCCAUUACCGGGAAACACCCAAGCCUAGAUUCCAGCUUUCUGGGGAAAGCCACAUAACCUCUCCUGUUUUAAGGGGAGCUGGGGGUAGUAUUGAUAUUCAAAAAGGAAAGGGAGGAGAAAGAGAAUGAAAACUAGUCUGAUGAGAGGGUUGGUCUGGAGAAGGAGGUGAUUUUUCUAAAUCCUCUGUUCUCAUAUCGUCCUCUAGGGAAUGACUGCCUCUUUUCCCAAAGCUCAGAAAAAGAAACUUCAUAUUUUCCCUCCUUUGUUUGGAAGGGGAUUGCCUUAAAACUUUCCCUGUCCCAUGGAUAGGGACUGGCACACUUUGCUGAUAAUGGGUCCAUCAGUCCCAACCUAAAGCAGUUAAGUGACUUGCUCAAGAUCACAGACAAUGGGAGUAUUUUAGUGUUGUAGCAUCCAUGGAGUCCUCCUAUGGGAUAUGGGGGUAGAUUGUUAGGAGAUUCAUGUAUUCUAAGAGACCUCUAGAAGAAUAACUCACGUUAUUCUGAACUGUUACCUAGUCCUUUUAGGGAUGCUCAGAAUGCCCCACCUUGGGUAUCUUUUGCAGUAAACCCUUCUCCUGCAGCCUCUUGGGUUCCUGGGUGUCUCUCCCCAUUCCCCCAAUCCCAGGCUUCUCCAAUCAAGAGUUCUCUAGCCUCUCUGUAGGCAUGAAUAGCAAGGGAAGUCAAAGAAGGGGUGGGAGCUGUAGCACUUAAGUGCCCUGCUCUGAGAAAGCACUGAUCAUUGUCACCCUACAUGGAAUGUAGCAACAAAGCAAUUACCUGGAACUUUUUUUUUUUUUUAAUGGAAAACAAAACAUGUUUUCUGUGUCAGGUGUUUGGAUGAGGCAGUUGGGUAUUGGGUGUUUUGUUUUUUUUUUUUUUUUCUGGUUAAAAAUGUUUACAAAUCUGCCUCAAUCACUCUAUCUUUUAUAAAGAUUCCACCCUGUGCCCUGCCCUUCUCCCCCAUCCUCCUGCCUUUGAGGCUGAUAAGAAGAUGCUUGAAGAACCCAACAGAAUACAAAUUCAAGUCAAACUUUGCACAUAUUUAUAUUUAUAUUCAGAAAAAUACAUUUCAGUAAUUUAUAAUAAAGAGCACUAUUUUUUAAUGAAAACUUCAA